AUGAGACUGGCAACUGUGAGAUCUGCGGUACUUUCGUCACUCUUUGCUUUGCAGGUGCUUGCAAAGAUAAUACCGGUAGCAAGCAAGCGCGACAAUGAUGACGACGACUCGAACUCCAAGUUUGUCAAGCUGCCCUUCCAUAAGCUUUACGGGGACUCGCUAGACAACGUCGGCAGGGAUAAAAAACCAGAGGCGCAUCUUUUUAAGAGAGCAGACGGUUAUGAGGAAAUCAUAAUUACCAACCAGCAAAGUUUUUAUUCGGUGGAGUUGGAUGUGGGUUCACCACCACAGAAUGUAACCGUUCUCGUGGAUACAGGCUCCUCCGAUCUAUGGAUUAUGGGCUCCAACAAUCCAUAUUGUUCCUCGGACACCAGAAGCAAUAGCCGGAGGCGUGUUAUUGACAAACGUGAUGAUUCGUCGAGCAGUGGAGCUUUGGUAAAUGACAUAAAUCCAUUUGGCUGGCUAACAGGAACAGGUGGCCUGAUAGGUCCCACGGCAACGGGAUCAGGAGGGAGUUCAGAAACAGCAACUCAAUCCGUGCCUGCAUCGGAAGCUACCAUGGACUGUAAAGAAUAUGGGACAUUUACCACAUCAGACUCUUCUACUUUCAGAUCAAACAACACCUACUUCAGUAUCAGCUAUGGUGACGGAACUUUUGCCUCUGGUACUUUCGGUACGGACGUUUUAGACUUGAGUGACUUGAAUGUUACCGGAUUGUCCUUUGCCGUUGCAAACGAGACAAACUCUACUAUGGGUGUGUUAGGUAUUGGUUUACCUGAAUUAGAAGUCACUUAUUCUGGUUCUACUGCAUCGCGUGGCAGGAGGCCUUUUAAAUACGACAAUUUUCCCAUCGUAUUGAAGAAUUCUGGUGCUAUCAAAACCAACGCAUAUUCUUUGUACUUGAACGAUUCGGACGCUGAACAUGGCACCAUUUUGUUCGGAGCCGUGGACCAUAGUAAGUAUACUGGUACUCUAUAUACCAUUCCCAUUGUAAACACGCUGAGUGCAAGUGGUUUUAGCUCUCCCAUUCAGUUUGAUGUAACCAUCAAUGGUAUUGGCGUCAGUGAUUCUAAGAAUGGCGAAAAAACUUUGACAACCACCAAAAUACCCGCCCUAUUAGAUUCUGGUACCACUUUAACUUAUUUGCCUGAAACAGUGGUAGCUUUAAUUGCUGACGAAAUAGGUGCACAGUACUCUUACAGGCUAGGAUAUUACGUACUGGAUUGCCCAUCCGAUGAUAGUACGCAGAUAGUGUUUGAUUUUGGUGGUUUUCACAUCAAUGCAUCACUUUCCAGUUUUAUUUUGAGUACGGGCAGUACGUGUCUUCUCGGUAUCAUCCCAACAAGCGAUAAUACGGGUACCAUUUUGGGUGAUUCGUUCUUGACCAACGCGUACGUGGUCUAUGAUUUGGACAAUCUUGAAAUAUCUAUGGCUCAAGCUCAAUAUAAUACCACAACUGAAAAUAUCGAAGUUAUUUCCUCCUCUAUUCCAAGCGCCGUAAAGGCACCGGGCUAUACAAAUACUUGGUCUACAAGCGCGACUAUUGUUACUGGUGGUAACAUAUUUACUGUAGACUCUUCGCAAACUGCUUCCUUUAGCGGCAACGUGACAUCAAGUACUGCAUCCGCCACUUCUACAUCAAGCAAAAGAAAUGCUGCUGAUUGCAUUGCACCAUCCUUGCCUCUUACAUUAUUUUCUCUUCUUUUUGCAUUCAUUUAA